GAAGCGAGGGAGAAGGUCGUUGCUCUAUGUCUCGUCUAUCUAUCUCUACUUUGUGAACUGGUGGGCUUUUUUCCAGUGUUGUCAUUCAGCCCACAAAGCAAGAUGUUGGAAGGUGCAUCUCCAGUAACCCAAGCCUUGCUGGGGACUUUACUGACAUGGGGCCUCACUGCUGCUGGGUCUGCUGUGGUGUUCCUGCUUGCUGGAACUAAGCGGAAAGUACUAGACAGCAGUCUAGGUUUUGCUGCUGGAGUCAUGACAGCUGCAUCCUUUUGGUCACUUCUGGCACCUGCCAUAGAACUUGCAGAAUCCUCAGGAAGUUAUGGUAGUGAAGGGGAAUGGGCUUUUAUACCUGUGGCAGUUGGAUUUGUUCUUGGUGCUGCCUUUGUUUAUGCUGCAGAUGUGUUCAUGAGUUCAACUGGCAGUCAUUCACCUAACUUUGCCCUUGCAAUGCAGUCAUCUAUGAAGAAGACAGAUGGAGAUGAUGCAAGAAUACCCUACAUACCGGCAAAUAACUCCAGUAAUGCAAAUUUCAGCGAAGUAGGGCAAGGCUCCAGUUCUAAUGCUUUCACCUCUAUCAACUUCAAUGAUGUUAAACAAAGGAGAGGAGAUCCAGGAGAAAAGGCCACUCAGUCUUAUGAAGAGAGCAUUGUUGAUCAGGAAAGACAUGAAAAAAACUUGCAGUGGAGGAGGAUCUUACUCCUUAUUAUUGCUAUAACAGUACAUAACAUUCCAGAAGGCCUGGCAGUUGGUGUAGGCUUUGGUGCUAUUGGCAAGACUCCACUUGCAACCUUCAACAAGGCAAAAAAUCUAGCCUUAGGUAUUGGUAUUCAGAAUUUCCCUGAAGGCAUGGCAGUUAGUCUACCACUAAGAGGAGCUGGGCAUCCUGUGUGGUGGGCAUUUUGGUAUGGUCAACUAAGUGGGAUGGUUGAACCAAUAGCAGGUGUUCUUGGAGCUAUUGCAGUGUCAGUGUGUGAGCCAGUGUUACCUUAUGCUCUGGCAUUUGCAGCAGGGGCCAUGCUAUUUGUUGUAGUAGAUGACAUUAUACCAGAAGCACAAACUGGAGGGAACAGCAGACUAGCUUCAGGAUGGUACAUUAUUGGCUUCAUUGUUAUGAUGGCCCUAGAUGUUGCAUUAGGGUAAAACCAUUGUAAUUUUAUAAUAUUUCUAGUUAACUGACAUCUACAGCCCAAGGUUGUUUGUAAACUUGUAAACAGUAUCCAUCAGACGCACAAAGAUUUUUUUUUUCUAGAAGUGCUUAUAUUUUAUCUACCACUAAUGAUUAUUAGUUAUCUGAAAAGUAAGACAAAUCAUAGCCAAAAAUCUGUUCAUGGAGUAAAUAUUGGACAAAUUUAAAUCAUCACAUGAGAAUGCUUGGAUUAUAAAGAAUGAUUAUUGGUAAAUGAGAAAUAAUAUUGUUGGGUGUUAUAUUUGAUCUAAAGUAAUUUAUGUAUGACCAAUAUUCCAGAUUUUUUGGCAUUGUGUGGUGUAUUUUUCUUUAGUUAUUGAAUGUCUGUGUCAUGUUUUGCUUUCUCAGACAGGGUAAUAUUUUUGUUAAGAUGGAUUAGUUUUUCCUGUUUUCUUGUUUUUACAUUUUAUAAAUGUAAGGAGUUACUUUAAAAUGAAAAAAUAUUCUUGCAUAUGUAAGCUGAUUUUCUUUCUCAGUGUAAUAUAUAUAUAGACUACAUAUAUAAUUAUUAUUAUUUCUCCAGUUGUUAUAUCGUACCACUAUUAGUACAAGAUUAUGAUAAAAACAAAUUGGGAAAGUCUAUUGAUUAAAGUGACUGCUUUGGUUGUGACUUGAUUAUUACUGUUAUUAAGUAACAUGAUUAUUCCUCUUCAUAUAGUGAGAAUGGAGUCACUCUGUAAAGUACUCUCAGUUUUUUAUUUUUUAUAUUUUCUUAGUUAUUCAUUUGGAGUCCGAGAGAUAAGCAUCCAAUACUUGCUGCUGCCUUUUUCAUGUGAUGUUCAUGUGUGCACAAAUUUUGGAUCAUGUCUAUGGAGAUGUACAUGUGUGUUUCCAUUGGUUGUCAAAAAUGGUUCCAUUUUUGUCUCUUUGUGUUUGAGAAGUACUCCUGUAAGCAUUACAGGUUUUCAUUACUGUAUAUUAAAUUGUACUUUGUGAUUGAGCUGGACCUAAAGUUGUUGCACAGCAUUUCGUGUUUCAUUUGUUUUGGAAGAUUUUCUUUUUCUAAUUAAAACAUUACUUUUGGUCAUUUAUUUAUGUUUCAUACUAAAUGCCAGUUUACAAUAAGGCACUGUAAAAUAAAGCCAAUGUCAAGCUGAGGAAAAAA